CUCUGGCUAUUGUUUGCUCACAAACCUUUCUCAUUCUGUAUACAUAAAAUUAACUAAGUGACUUUUUUUUUUUAUGUUUGGAAGGCUGGAACACAGCCGGUGCUACAGUCCCUUCCCAUCCCGUCCAACCCUGUGUGGUUCAGCAGUCCUAUGUUGGAUGCCAUGGAGGAGUUCGCUCCUUCCUCUGACUCCGACUGCACUGCUGUCCCACCACCUGGCCAGGCUUCUCCUGGGAGGUGUCGUCGGAGACCUGUGGCCGUCAAGCGCGCCGGACGGAGGGAGUUCACUCCUUCCUCUGACUCCGACUGCAUUGCUGUCCCACCACCUGGCCAGGCUUCUCCUGGGAUGCGUCGUCGGAGACCUGUGGUUGUCAGGCGCGCCGGACGGAGGGAGCAGGUUGGUGUCACCGGUUUUCCCUUACAAUUUCAGGUGCCUGCGGUCUGUGGGGAGCCUACGGUCAUCAGGGAGGAGCCUGCUGUCCAGGAGGAAACCCAGGUGCCGCUGCAGGUCUCCACAGAUAAGGGUGCUUCUUUUCCUCUCCCUAGUGAUACUGUUAGUGUUAGUAAACCUCAGUCCGUCUGUGGUCGUGUGGCAAUGGUCGCGAGGGAUUGUCAGGGAAUUAGGUUAACUAAGGUUGUGCGCGGAUCUUUUCACCAGGGGGAUAGCAGGUUUAGUUACGGAGGGAUGCAGUGCAUGGCCAUUGCUGCAAGUAGUAUAGCUAAGCAUGUGGUGAAAAGCGUGUUUUCGUGGGAGACACUGGAGCUCGAUCGCAUUCUGUAUUCCGGUGAUGAAUUUUACAGUAGUUUGAGAAACCUGGGUAUUUUUAGCCAUCCGUCACAUUUUUUGUCCGUGCCGGAUCUACCUAGUAAUGUAGUUAUUGACGAGCAGUUGUUUAGUUUUCAUUUUAGUCAACACCCAGCAUCUGGUGCUGUGGGUGUUGAGCAGGAAAACGGUCCCUUUGUGGGUCUGCGUAAUGGAUUAGAGGGCAUUUUCAGGCAGUACAGCAUGUGUCUGCUGACACUGGUAACGUCUACAUCUGCCAUCAUCUGUGAGGAUGGACAGUUCGCUGUGGUCGACAGUCACUCACGUAGUACCUGUGGCCUGGUAGAUCACAACGGUACCAGUGUAAUACUGCACUUUUCAUGUUUUGAUGACCUGCAUCACUACAUCUGUUGUUUGGCUGACGCUCUCAGUCCAGGGCCGAAGCCUUUUGAGCUGUGUGGCGUUAGGGUUAGUGUAGGUGCAAGUCCAGCGUUGUCUGGAGCUUCUAUAGAGAGUUGCAUCUUUGAGAUUAACACUGCUGCAGCACCUGAGCUUAGUGACAUCAAAGAUGUUUGUGCCACCACCUCCUUGUUUGAGAGUGAUGCAGGUCCAGCUGUGAGCCACGCACAAUCCGGUGUUUCUGUGGAGAGUGGCUUCAUAGAGAUGAGCACUGCUUCGGCACCAGGAUUUAGUGACCUUGCAAAAAAUUCUGCAGCCCCAUCGGUGUGUCAGAGUGGGGCUGGUGUUGAAGCGAGCCCAGCACUGUCUGGCGCUUCUGUUCUCACUUUUUUAAGUGAAGUUAGCAGUGGCUCAACAGCAGAAUUUGUUGCCUCUGAUGGCAAAAAGCGUAAGAUUUUUUCCCGUGAACGCAUGUCUAAACAAUCAAAGCGUUUUGAUAGCGUUAUAGUCAACUCUGAUGUAGUGUUUAUCACUGCAUCAGAGAGUGGGAAAUUGUUUUUCCGUCCCCUCGGUGAUGACGUUUGUAGGGCUCUGUGUAGUCAAUUAAAAGUAGAUUUUAUGAAAGUCGGUGGUCUGGUGCAUAGACAGGUGGGCUACCUAGGUGUUCCCUGCCUUAGUGAGAAAAUAGUUCCGGAUGGGAACUGCUUUUUCAGAGCUGUUUCUCAGGCUGUCAGUGGUUCACAGAAGAACCAUCGUAAGAUUAGACUGGCAGCCUGUAAAGAGCUAGAAAAGAAUGAUGCUAGGUAUCGGGGUCUUUUGAGGAGCGAGAUGUCGCUUUUAGAAUAUAUACGGCAGUCCAGGAUGAAGUGUGUCAAGACUUGGGCCACAGAGGUUGAAAUCCAGGCCACUGCAGAUUAUUUAGGCAUUGACAUUUUUACAUUUCAUGAUGGUCGUUGGCUAAAGUAUCGUUGCAGCAGUAAGUGUUUGUCAGCGGACUGCAUUUACUUGGAAAAUGUCGGGGGCCAGCAUUUUGAGUACGUUGUUUGUGUUUUAAAGCCUGGACUGCAAAGUUGUCAUGGUUAUUGUAAAUUAGGCUGGGAUAUAGACUAUAGCACUAGGUCUUCAGUGAAGGAUGGAGCGGGCCACCCAUACCGGGAGUCGACCCCGGGCCGCCUGGGUGAUGUCCAGGAGGAAGCCCAGGUGCCGCUGCAGGUCUUCGUAGAUAAGGUUGCUUCUUUUCCUCCCCCUAGUGAUAGUGGUAGUGUUACUGAAUCUCAGUCUGUCCGUGGUCGUGUGGCAAUGGUCGAGAGGGAUUGUCGGGGAAUUAGGUUAGCUAAGGUUGUGUGCGGAUCUUUUCACCAGGGGGAUAGCCGGUUUAGUUACGGAGGGAUGCAAUGCAUGGCCAUUGCUUCAAGUAGUAUCGCUAAGCAUGUGGUGAAAAGCGUGUUUUCGUGGGAGACACAGGAUCUCGAUCGCAUCCUGUAUUCCGGCGAUGAAUUUUACAGUAGUUUGCGCAACCUAGGUAUUUUUAGCCAUCCGUCGCAUUUUUUGUCCGUGCCGGAUCUACCUAGUAAUGUAGUUAUUGAUGAGCAGUUGUUUAGCUUCCAUUUUAGUCAACACCCAGCAUCAGGUGCUGUGGGUGUUGAGCAGGUAAACGGUCCCUUUGUGACUCUGCGUAAUGGAUUAGAGGGAAUUUUCAGGCAGUACAGCAUGUGUCUGCUGACACUGGUAACGUCUACAUCUGCCAUCAUCUGUGAGGAUGGACAGUUCGCUGUGGUCGACAGUCACUCACGUAGUAGCUGUGGCCUGGUAGAUCACAACGGUACCAGUGUAAUACUGCACUUUUCCUGUUUAGAUGACUUGCAUCACUACAUCUGUUGUUUGGCUUACGCUCUCAGUCCAGGGCCCAAGCCUUUUGAGCUGUGUGGCGUUAGGGUUAGUGUAGGUGCAAGUCCAGCGUUGUCUGGAGCUUCUGUAGAGAGUUGCAUCUUUGAGAUGAACACUGCUGCAGCACCUGAGCUUAGUGACAUCAAUGAUGUUUGUGCCACCACCUCCUUGUUUGAGAGUGAUGCAGGUCCAGCUGUGAGCCACGCACAAUCCGGUGUUCCUGUGGAGAGUGGCUUCAUAGAGAUGACUGCUGCUCCGGCACCAGGAUUUAGUGAUCUUGAAAAUGAUUUUGCAGCCCCAUCUGUGUGUCAGAGUGGGGCUGGUGUUGAAGUGAACCCAGCACUGUCUGGCGCUUCUGUUCUCCCUUUAAGUGAAGUUAGCAGUGGCUCAACAGCAGUAUUUGCUGCCACUGAUGGCAAUAAGCGUACGAUUUUUUCCGGUGAACGCAUGUCAAAAAAAAACAAGCGUUUUGAUCGCGUUCUAGUCAACUCUGAUGUAGUGUUUGUUUCUGCAUCUAAGAGUGACAAACUGUUUUUCCGUCCACUUGCUGAUGACGUUUGUAGGACUUUGUGUAGUCAAUUAAAAGUAGAUUUUAUGAAAGUCGGUGGUCUGGUGCAUAGAGAGGUGGGCUACUUAGGUGUUCCCUGCCUUAGCGAGAAAAUUGUUCCUGAUGGGAACUGUUUUUUCAGAGCUGUUUCUCAGGCUGUCAGUGGUUCACAGAAGAACCACCGUAAGAUUAGACUGGCAGCCUGUAGAGAGCUAGAAAGGAAUGAGGCUAGGUAUCGGGGUCUUUUGAGUAGUGAUAUGUCGCUUUUAGAGUACAUCAAGCAGUCCAGGAUGAAGUGUGUCAAGACUUGGGCCACAGAGGUUGAAAUCCAGGCCACUGCAGAUUAUUUAGGCAUUGACAUUUUUACAUUUCAUGAUGGUCGUUGGCUACAGUAUAGUUGCAGCAGUAAGUGUUUGUCAGCGAACUGCAUUUACUUGGAGAAUGUUGGGGGCCAGCAUUUUCAAUACGUUGUUUGUGUUUUAAAGCCUGGACUGCAAAGUUGUCAUGGUUACUGUAAAUUAGGCAGGGAUAUAGGCUGUAGCACUAGGUCUUCAGUGAAAGAUGGAAUGGGGCAGGCAGUAGAUGGGAUAGAUUUUCUUCAGGUUGUAGAGGCCAAUACAAUAAGUAGGGAUUCUAGAGCGACAAAGUAUUUAAAGCGUAAGAAACGACUGCAGGAUACACUUAAUGUUAGCCGUCGAGAGAGACGUGCCCUGCUUUAUAGGAAAAUGUAUAGUGACGACUUGAACUUCAGGGAGAGCUAUACAUCACGAAGUGUCGAAAAAUACAGAUCUAGCUUUGAGCACAGGAACAGGGUGAAAGAACGCACAGUAGGGAAGUACAGGCAUAGUAUUGACCAUAGACAAAGGGUUAAAUUCAGUAGUAAAGUGGCGAGUAAAAUAAAAUAUACAGACAAUUUAGAACACAGGCACAGGAUUAAAGCACGCAGUAUAGACAAAUACAUGACCGAUGUACAACACAGGCACAGGAUUAAAACACGCAGUGUGGAGAAAUACAUGAUCGAUGUACAACAUAGGCACAGGAUUCAAGCACGCAGUGUCGAGAAAUACAUGAUCGAUGAACAACACAGGCACAGGAUUAAAGCACGCAGUGUUGAGAAAUACAUGAUCGAUGUACAACACAGGCACAGGAUUCAAGCACGCAGUGUGGAGAAAUACAUGAUCGAUGUACAACAUAGGCACAGGAUUCAAGCACGCAGUGUCGAGAAAUACAUGAUCGAUGAACAACACAGGCACAGGAUUAAAGCACGCAGUGUUGAGAAAUACAUGAUCGAUGUACAACACAGAGACAGGGUUAAACUAGGCAGCAAAAGGCAGUAUAGUGUUAGUUUAAAACAUAGGCAGCAAGUAAUAGCUAGUGUACAGCUGAGUCGGAAGCAGAGGUUGGAGAGGUCUGUAGAUUUUGGUUUUGUCAUGGAUAGUUUUUUGGAUAAGGUUAGACACGGACCGGAUUUCGUGUGUAGUGUUUGUCAUAGGCUGCAGUUUAAAUAUCAGGUGCUGCCCUGUGAGAGGGAAGUAUAUGCAGCACGUUUAGCAACGGCUGGCAUUGCAAAUAAUUGCAUUAGUGAGCAUUAUCUGCAUAGUUGUGAUGAUAAGUGUGUUGAGCCCUGUCCCAUUGUUGAGUCCAGAGGUCAGUUGUGGAUUUGUUUUACUUGUCAUAGUAAGAUCAGUAAAGGUCAAUUCCCAGCUGAAUGUUGGAACAAUAACUUAGCCGUACACCCCAUUCCUCCAGAACUGGGAUGUCUGAAUAGCUUAGAGCAGCACCUGAUAGCUUUACGCAUCCCUUUUAUGAAGGCGUUGGCGUUGCCUAAGGGUGGUCAGAAUGGUGUACACGGGCCCGUUACUUGUGUUCCGGCCAACAUUGUACAAACCACCAAUGUGUUGCCGCGGUCCAGUAUGGAGGGGUCUCUGCUUCAAGUUAAGUUAAAAAGGAAAUUAACCUACAAAGGACACUACGAGUAUCAAUUUGUUGACUCGUGGCGUGUCAGGCGUGCUAUAGAGUACUUAAAGAGAACUAAUGUCUUGUAUAAAGACAUUGAGUUCAACGUGGAAUGGUUAAAUGAUUUUUGUAGGGAAGAAGAGGUUGUUGUAGAGGCUGGUCAGGGUAAGCAGGUUGUUGUUGACACACAGUCCAGUGAGGAUGAGGCUGUCGAGCAGGACAUUGGGGUAGAAGAAGAAUCCGAAGACAUAGCACAAGAUGAAAUGUUACAUGACAGACAACAGCACUGCAUGUUUCAGGACACUUGUCUUAUGCCUGUUGAUAUCGGUCAGGAAGCAUUAGAUCAGUAUUUUGCGGAUGUUGUAUGUCUGGCCCCCGCGGAAGGUAAUAGUCCGGUUAGAAUGCUUUCUGACAAAUUAAAUGAGGCGAAGUGUUUCCCUGUGCUGUUUCCGACUAGCACAAAUACAUUCCACACCCGCCGCACGCAUCGCUUAACGUUGUCGCGCUACUUUAAUAAUCGGGUAAUGCACGCCGACGGCCGUUUUGCGCGCAAUGUGGAAUACAUAUUCUUUAGCCAGUAUAUGUCCGAAUUAGACCAAGUGAUAAGUAGUAUUUCGGUCGCCAUGCGUAAAGGUAAGGGGGGUCAGCAUUCUCAGCGGAUUUCCCCGGGCAUGCUCAAAGACGACGAGUCUCUGAAGCGCUUGCUACAGUUCGAUGACGGUUUUCGUUUCCUUCGGCCCAUUCGCGGGACGCCAGCUUUUUGGUCUUCCGUUCAGAAAGACCUUUUGGCUUGUGUCCGCCAAUUGGGUAUUCCUACAUGGUUCUGCUCUUUUUCUUCUGCUGAUUUGCGCUGGCAAAAUCUCCUUGCCAGCAUCCUGAGACAGGAAGGCAGACAGCAGACAGUAGAACAGUUAGAGUGGGCCGAUAGGUGCGAGCUGUUGCGUCGCAACCCGGUCACAGCCGCGAGGAUGUUUGACUACAGGUGGCACUGUUUUUUGAAGGAAGUACUCAUGUCCCCGUCUCAACCAGUUGGCAAGAUUGUAGAUUUCUUUUAUCGCAUUGAGUUCCAGCAGCGUGGGUCCCCCCAUGUUCAUGCGCUGUUUUGGAUUGAGGGAGCUCCCCAAAUUUAUAAAAACACAGAUGUAGAAGUUGCAGAGUUUGUUGAUAAAUAUGUGACAUGUGAGCUACCCUCUGGCGAUGACACACUAUUGGAAGUUGUGUCAUCGGUUCAAACGCAUUCAAAACGGCAUUCAAAGUCAUGUCGUAAAAAUAAAACGGUAUGUCGUUUCAAUUUUCCAAAACCCAUCUCUGCACGCACGUUCAUCUGCAAAAUCAAAGAAUGUGUUUGUCCUAAAAAGGGAACGGGGACAGAGGGUGAUCGCACUUCAGAAAACAGGCCAAAGUGCACCUGUUUUGACGAUGAGGGAAGGAAGAUGCCAAAGGAGGUUGCGAAGAUGUUUAUGGAGAGAGUAAAGAAUGCCAUGGGGAGGGAGGAGCCUUUUGGUAGUGUAGAAGAGUUGUUUGCCAGUGUGGGCAUCAACCAGGAAGUCUUUGAGCUCGCUUAUAGGCGGCUGGAGACUAAGAAUAAGGUGGUUUAUAGGCGAGGGGUAAACGACACCUGGGUUAACCAGUAUAAUAGGAAUCUAUUGAAGUGUUGGAACGCUAACAUGGACAUUAGCUUUGUCACUGACGCCUACGCAGUCAUCAUAUACAUCAUAAAGUACAUAACAAAAUCAGAGACCGAAAUGGGUCUGUUAUUGAGCAAUGCCCUUAAGGAAGCAAAUAAACUAGGAAAUCUCUCUGCUAAAGACGCUCUAAAGAAACUGGGCAGUGUAUAUUUACACAACAGAGAUGUCUGCGCUCAGGAGGCAGUGUAUAGGCUAAUGAGCAUGCAUUUGAAGGAAUGUUCCAGGAAGGUCGUGUUUAUUCCAACAGGGAAUAACAUUGUGCGGAUGAGUUUACCCCUCAGUGUGUUGUUGCAAAGGGCUUCCUCAGAGGGCCUUAGGUCCGAAAACAUGUGGAUGACAAGCAUUGUCGAGAGGUAUAAGAACAGGCCCGAUAGUCUCGUGUUUGAGGAUAUGUGCAUAGCCACCUUCUGUUCGGAAUAUCGUAUUCUCACCCAGAAUGAAAACUCGGACAAUAAAAUUGAACUUCAAGGGGGUUUAGGGUUCGUCUUGCGGAGAACACGAACGCAGUUUGCCGUCGUUCGCUACAUGCGGUUCAAAUUGGACAAACAGGAGGAAGCCCACUUUCAGAGUUUGCUGCAGUUGUUCCUUCCUUAUAGAACUGAUUUAGAGCUCAAGCCGGAAGGCUUUGAGUUCUACAAACAGUUCCACGAGGAAGGUAAUGUGACGUCGGCUGGCGGGACCGAGCGGCCAGUGCGAGACGUCGUCGAUGAAAACAGGGCAAAGUUUGAAGUGGACUGUCCUCGAUUAGAGCGUGCGCAGGAGAUUGCGGACCUGUUGGGCGGUGUCGACGAGGAUGCGUGGGGGGACCUUUGUCCUGAACAGCAAGUCGAACACAUGGAAUGUUUAGAUGAGAGGCGGCAGCAGCAGCAGGGGGAAAUUAGGGACGAGCAGCUAGUUGAAUUGGAGGAAAAUGUCCCCGAUUUGUUUGUUGGUGGUAAACAAGUAGCUACAAUCGAGAGAAACACCAACAUUUUGCCUAGAAGGGAGGGUUUAGCUCUGGUCCAUUCUCUCAAUGAGACGCAGAGGAGCAUUUUUGAUAGGAUUAGGAAAUGGUGCCUAGAAAAGGUGAUGGGAAAAACCCCAGAACCUUUCCAUGUGUUCGUAACUGGUGGGGCAGGUACUGGAAAAAGCCAUUUGAUUAGAGCUAUCCAGUACGAGGCAGGGAGACUAUUGUCGCGUCUGUACCAACCGGAUGAAACCUGCGUACUCUUAACUGCUCCCACAGGCAUCGCUGCAUACAGUUUACAUGCAGCCACAAUUCACCACACCUUUAGUAUUGGCAUGCAGGUUAGUUUACCGUAUAUCCCUCUGGGUGAAGAUAAGAUAAACUCCUUGAGGGCUCAAUUUGGUCACCUACAAAUUCUAAUCAUUGACGAAAUCAGUAUGGUAGAUCAUCAUCUUUUAGCUUAUGUGCAUGGCCGGUUAAGGCAAAUUAAACAGACGGGGGACUUUUCUCCAUUUGGCAACGUUAGUGUUGUAGCUGUUGGUGACUUUUAUCAGUUGCCGCCCGUUAAAGGGAGGCCGCUGUACACCUGUCAGGUGGGUGUGGACCUCUGGUGUCAUUUCACAAAGGUAGAACUAAAAACAGUUGUGAGGCAAAAAGAUAGUGUCUUUUCUGAGCUGCUAAAUAGACUUAGAGUUCGGUCAAAGGAAACCCCCUUAUCGCAAAGCGACGUCGAUAUCCUCAAGUCUCGGGAGACGGGGGAACAGAGCGCUGCUUUGCAUAUUUAUCCCACGAAUAUGCAAGCCAGCGAGCAUAAUCUGAAGCGGUUAUUCGCAACCUGUCCAGAUUAUGUUACAAUUGAGGCCCAAGAUUUUAUUAACAGCAGGAAGACGGGUGAAUUAGAGCGCGUGGUCGGGCAUCACGGUAAAACGUCGUACACGUGUUUGGCCAAGAGUUUGUGUUUGGCUCCGGAAGCACGUGUCAUGCUUUGUAAAAAUGUUGCUGUGGCAGACGGUCUGGUCAAUGGCGCAUGUGGAACGGUGACUUAUAUUCAAUUUGGAGCAGAUGAAGACUUCCCCCUCGUAGUCUAUGUCAAAUUUGAUGAUCCUAAGAUAGGCUCACAAAGGAGAAAGGAACGUUCCCAUGCUGCUGUAGAAUGCCCGCAUUCUACUGCCAUUGACCCCGUGGAGGAUUCGGCGACAAAACGCGGCGGUUUGCGUCGUCAGUUUCCUCUUAAACUCGCGUGGGCCUGCACUGUUCACAAAGUGCAAGGUCUAACUGUCGACGAGGCUGUCGUGUGUUUACACAAGAUUUUUGCAGCUGGGCAGGCGUAUGUCGCCCUCAGUCGUGUUAGGGAUAUAUCCGGCCUUGUGAUUACAGAUUUUGAGGAAAAGGCCAUUUACUGCAAGCACACCGUCAAGGGGGCAUUGGAUAGCAUGCCCCCAUUCCUACUUGAACAUCCACAGCCUUCAUUAGAAACUCCCUGUUUCUCUGUGUAUUUACUUAACGUCCAAAAUUUACGUAGCCACGUCGCUCAUUUGGUGUCUUGUACGCAGCAUUUACAGCCUACCUGUAUUGCUGUCACAGAGACGUGGCUCAGUGCACAAUCCUCAACAGAUUGUGUCCAAAUAGAGGGAUACACUUUCCACAGUCGUCCUCGAGCCUUGUGUUACAGCAGCAAUGAUGUCAAAUUAUCUGAGAUUAGAGAUCUCGAACAUGGCGGAGUGGGAUUAUAUGUUGUAGAUAAUUCGGACUGUGAGAUUCUGCAGGUGCCCGAUUUAAAUCUGGAGUGCUUGGUGUGCCUGUUUACCAAAGAGAACCUUUUGAUGGCAGUAAUUUAUCGUCCGCCAUGUUAUCCAAUUUCUCUUUUUAAAUCCAAUCUGGUUAAGUUACUUGAUUGUGUAAAUCCCAUCAGUAACACAAUUGCUAUAAUGGGCGAUUUUAAUGAAGACCUCCUCAAACAUUCAUCAAUUUCUAAAUUAAUGGGCCAAAAUGGAUUUUGCCAGCAUGUAACACAAGAGACUACAGAGAGUGGGACAUUAAUUGACCAUGUUUAUGUCAAAACAACACAGUAUGCUGUGGAUUGUGCAGUGGUGUCCACUUAUUUCAGUGACCACGAAGCCAUCCUGUGUGGUUUUCGUGGUCAAGAUGAAGGUGAUACGUUUGAUUUGGAUGUCUUGUUUGCAGAUAGUUUUGCUGACGAAGAGGGUCCCUAAACAUCAUCACAACCGUCAACCCCCAAAAUGGAUUAACUUGCUGGAAUACAAAAGACCAUAUAACAUGCAUGUGAAAAAGUGCAAUAUAUUUAUCUGUACAGUACCGUAAUCUAUUUAUUUAUUAUACAUAUAUUUAUAUAUUUUUAUAUAUUUAUUUAUUUAUACAUGCACCUUAUUGCAUUUUUAUCCUGCACUGACAGGGAAAACUUCUAGUUUGUAGAUGAUAAUGUAUUACUAGAUUUGAUGUAGAAAUGUUUUAGUUCGGUGUUAGUAUAUCUUGUUGUCAUGUCUUGUGAGCAUGUUUUCUUUAGUUAUGUUGUGUUUCUUUAAAACGCCACUGGUUCCUGUUUUUUCACCCUCUUGUUUUGUUUCCCUGUCAACUCAUUAGUUGCACCUGUUUCACGUUUUGGACUCAAGCACCUGUCUCCAUGUCAUUAUUUACGCCUGGUUUUUCUGUUGGUCCUUCUGGUGUCGUCGUUGAUUUUUUUCAUGCUGUUUCAUGCAAUAACUCUGCUCUUCUCAUGCUGCAUGUCUUUUGUUGAUUCAUAGCCACAGUUAGCGACUUUUGUUUCAUGUCUAUAGUUGAGGCUAUGUGUUACUUUUUUUGUCUCCGCCUUGUGCGCGCCUUUUCUUUGCACCCUUACCUUCACGCCACGUACCGUCACUUCACUUUGCAUGCCGGAAUAACAUACCUCAACCCCAGUCCUCGCUAUGUCCCUGGUUUUUCUGUUGGUCCUUAUGGUGUCGUCGAAUUUUUUCCUGCUCUGUUCAUGCUGUUCCAUGCAAUACGUCUGCUCUUCUCAUGCUGCAUGUCUUACCAAGUAAGUUUUUUGUUUUUUUUCAUAGCCACAGUUAGCGAGUUUUGUUUCAUGUCUAUAGUUGAGGCUAAGUGUUAGGUUUUUUUUUUACCUUGCCUUGUGCGCACCUUUUCUUUGCACCCUUACCUUCACGCCACGUCCCGUCACCUUCCUUUGCAUGCUGGAAUAACAUACCUCAACCCCAGUCUUUGCUAUGUCCCUGGUUUUUCUCUUGGUCCUUAUGGUGUCGUCGCUUUUUUCCUGCUCUGUUCUUGCUGGGUUUGCAUGCCGCUUUGCAUGGCUUUGCAUGCCUGGGGGACAAUGGAUCAGCGUUCACGUCGCGUCCCCUGUCAGUACCCACGUUCACCGGGGGAAACCAAUGAUCCUACCUGUACAUGUUUAUAUUCUCUCAGGGACUGUUGUUUGCUUGUCUUGUUUGUAUGGGGUUUAAAUGUACAGAUGCCGGGAUACA